UUUCUCACCAGCUGGUUCAGAGGGGGGAGUGCAUCGUCUGUUGUAUUGUGAGAGGGGUUUAAAAUAAAGAAAAAUUAUUGUCAGUUUAGGAAAUUAAAAACGUAUUGCUUCAAAUUGUACGCGUUUUGGAAUUUGUGCAAUACGUUUUAUUUCGUGUGUGUGUUGUUAGUGUUUUAAUUAGGUACCGGCAGCUGUUAAACUUCAAGAAACAGCUGUUAUUCUUGGCAAUUUGUAGGAAUUCGGUGCGGCAGCAAGGCUUCCGCUUAAGAAAUUAAAUAAAUGACGUGAUCAUUUAUUUUAAAAAAUCAAUUUAAAACCUGUGCGGGGGAAAUAACUGAUAUUCAUAAUUAACUACCCUUCCUUGCGUAAACGGGCUCGUAUUUGUGGCAGGAUAAUCGCUUCGUUUUUCAAUGGCUUCCAUGCCUACCUCGACUCCGGCCACCUCAGGCCGGAGCACUCGGAGGAGCACCGUUGGCGUGUCCCCGGCAGGAUCCAGCGCUAGCCCGACUCGCCUGAGCCGUCUCCGGGAGAAAGAAGAAUUGAGGCAGCUGAAUGACCGCCUGGCGAAUUACAUUGAGCGAGUCCGCUUGCUAGAGACGGACAAAGCAUCUCUGCAGCUGCUGCUUGAGGACAGGGAGCAGUCCUCGUCCCGGGAGUUGGGAACGAUGCGGCUGCUCUAUGAAACAGAGCUCGCAGACGCGAGGAAACUGCUGGACAACACGGCUAACGAGAGAGCUAGGCUUCAACUUCAAUUUAGCAAAGUCACAGAGGACCACCGACAACUACAGAUAAGGUACAAUAAAAAGGAGACUGACUUGGCUGCUGCUGUGGGCCGCUUGAGAAAUCUUGAAGCUCUAUUGAACUCCAAAGAGGCAGAAUUGGCAAAUUUACUGGCUGAAAACAGACGUCUAGAAAGAGAACUUUUUGAUUUCAAGGCUCAGACUGCCAAUCUUGAAUCUGUGUUACAUGAUGUUAAGAAACAGCUCCAGGAUGAAAUGCUGCGAAGAGUUGACCUUGAAAACCAAAUGCAGACACUACGGGAACAAAUGGAGUUUCAGAAACACAUCGAUGACGAAGAACUCCGGGAAACCAAAAGUCGUCUUGAAACUAGACUAGUUGAGAUUGACGCUGGUCGGCAGAAGGAAUUUGACAGCAAGCUUUCCGAGGCCAUGCAACAGCUCCGAAGGGAACAUGAAGGCCAAAUCCAUCAAUAUAAGGAGGAGCUAGAGAGAAACUUUAUUGCCAAGCUGGAGAAUGCACAACAUGCUGCUGCUAAGAACAGUGAUUUUGCCAGCUCUGCCAGGGAGGAGCUAAUGGGGUCGAAAAUGAGGGUUGAAACCUUGUCAUCUCAGCUCAGCCACUAUCAGGAACAGAAUGCUGCCUUGGAGACCAAACUAAGGGAAGCUGAAGAUGCACUGGACCGGGAGAGAGAGAGAAGCCAUCGACGCUUAACUGAGAAAGACAGAGAGAUGGCUGAAAUGAGACAGCUAAUGCAGACCCAGUUGGAAGAAUAUGAGCAUCUUCUGGAUGUGAAACUGGCUUUAGACAUGGAGAUCAAUGCUUACAGGAAAAUGCUGGAAGGAGAAGAACAGAGACUGAACCUGUCCCCGAGCCCUGCACAACGAACUGCCGUGUCUCGUACCCGAGCACUGCGGGGGAAGAAAAGAAAACUUGUAGAGACACAGAGUCAAGCCCCCAGCUACAAAAUAUCCCAGCAUUCCUCCUCCACCGGACCUGUUUCUAUUGAUGAGCUAGACUUGGAAGGGAACUUUGUCAAGCUUAGAAACAACUCUGAGGAGGACCAGCCUUUAGGUGGGUGGAUUCUUAAAAGAAACCCUAUGUCCGUGUCAGAUGUUGCAUAUAAAUUUCCUUCGAGGUUUGUGCUUCGAAGUGGACAGACGGUCACUAUUUGGGCAUCAAGCACUGGGGUUAGCCCUAAUCCUCCCAGUGAUUUAGUCUGGAAGAGUGACACUACUUGGGGCACAGGGGAUAAUAUAAGGAUUGUCCUCAUCAACAAAAAUAAAGAGGAGACUGCAGAGCGAACCCUGGUGCGAAUACUGAGAGAGGCAGGGGGUGAAUCUGAGGAGGAGGAGUAUGAUGAAGAGGAUGUCACUGGAAGUGAGGUGCACCUACGACAACAGCCAAAAAGAAGAAAAAAGAAAUGUUGUUCCAUCUCAUGAUUUUCCUCUGGUUGUAUGAACCAACAAACUAGGGUCUUCAUAGAGCUGAUGACCCCAGCUGUUCUGUUAUGUAGCAGCACAAGUGGUUGGUCUUGGAAUCCCAAUGAGAAGCCUCGAGUGUUUUUUUUUUUGUUUUUUUUUAAUGAACUGGAAUGUAAAGAUGCUGUUAUUGGAGUUGCACUUGUUUGUUUUGUUUUAUAUGGAAACUGGUAUUUUUCUGUUGGGUAUUCUUUGGGGUGAGGAGCAAUGAGAACUGGACUGGUUGCAACACGAUUAAAUUGUUUGAUUUAUUCUGUUUCUCUCACAUCAGAAGGUGCCUUUUCUUAACUGGGUAUUAGAGAUCUUCCAUGAAGGUUAACAUUUUAAGGAAAGAACUGGACCAGCCAUAAAGACGCAUGGCUGUCUCGUAAUCCCAAUACGUCAGAGGAAGCACAUUGUGUUAAAUCAGAUUAAAAUACAAGUCAUGGUGUGCCUGUGCAGUAGCUCAACACAUUAGUGUGUGACUGGGCUAAUCUGCUGCGUCCGCUAAGAUUUAAUUUAAAUAGCAACUUAACCUUGUUAGAUGGGCAUGCAAAUGGAUCAGAGAUUCGUCAGGUCUUGGUUGAAAACGGCAGCUUUCACUCUUCUCCACAAUGGGACUGUGGAUUCAUUGCCUCGGGCACUGCAGCACUAAAGCUAUGUAUUGUUUGGGAGCAGUAUAUGCAGAAGCUACACUGUAGCCCUACAGCUUAACUUAUACCUACUGUUUCCAACAGAGGUCCCUGUAGAGCAUUCUUAGAAGGGAUAGGGGCACUAACUGUGAAAUAUAAAUAAGGUCUGAUGAAGGUAUGUCUGGAUUUCCAUGUGAUAGCUUGUGCCGUAAUUUGGCAACUAGAAAAAUCUAUUCAUAAAUCUUCUUCAGCACAGCUUGCACACAGGUGUUUUGAAAGAAAAAAAAUGUAUGAUUUCCCUGCUUCUACAGUAUUCAUUACAUUUUCAUGGUGCUAUGACAUUUGGUUUAAUUGUUAUGUCUGUGUUAUAAUUUCAGGAUAUUGGGUUAUUAGAAUUAUUAUAGCUUUGCAUUAUUGCUGGCUUUAAAGGAAAUAUAAUCUUGCUCAAUGCAAGAAGUGUUUUAUGAGAUGCGCUGUGUAUUUCCGUUGAGCCCCUUAAAUGCAGUCUGCUGCUGAGCUAUUGUUGAAUCUCACAGUUGGCACUUUAAUAAAUGACACUUAUCGAACAGGUGAAAAUCCUAACCCUUUUGUUUUUUGUUUCCGUUAAGCCAAAGAAAAAUAUAUCAGUUUUUAUACAUUAAUGUAAAUUAAAAUAUGUGACACAGCUAUUUAUUGGGUCAGCGUGUGACUGGUAGUUCAAAUUGCUGUCGCUGGGUAAAGUAUAUGUAUUUAUUAAACCCUUUUUUGACGAGUUCUUCACUCAAUGUUUUGGUAGUUUGGAGUAUUAUUUUGCCUGUAUGUUACUAUUGGAUACUAUUUCUAUUAAUUGUUAACCUGUUACAAAUACAAAACGUUUUUUGAGUGUUUUGAGUUGAAAUGCUAGAUAUGUGGCUUUUUUUUUCUGGUUUUCAAAACUUGUAGGACACUGAAUAUGAUGUAACUGCAAGUCAUUUAUUGUGAAGUCAUAUACACCACAGCGCGUUAACGGCCUUAUUAUAAAUGGCCUUCUCUUCUGUCACAAGUAUAUUGCUUCACGGUGGUCCCUUUAGCACUGUAAUUGCACACACUGCACUUACACAUUUAACUUGCAUCAGUUGCGUGGGAAUGUUGAAAAUGUAAAAGUCAAGGAAAAUGGAGACGUGAUACUGUCAGCACAAAGAGCACGCAGACGCUCUUAAGCUAACGUUGAAUAUUGCCUUUUGUGUGGGAAAUCCCAUUCUUGUCUAUUUGGUUUGAUCAUUAAACCUGCACACUGUACCAAAAUAUACAUUAUUUUGUAUUACUUUAAAUAAAGUCUUUUUUAUUGAAGAAAAUACA